CAGUGACCUGUGACCUGUGACCAGUGACCAAAAACAUCCAAAAGUUCCAAGCUUACCAGACAGAAACAACCCACACAAGGCGAGAAGGCGAGAAGGCUUCCAUCCAUGCAGAGAAGUCUUCUUUCUACCAAUCCUCCUUCCGUCCUCCUCCCACAUCUACCCAACGUCCCGUCGCAACAACAUGGAUCCAGCGUUUGUCCCAUCGGAAAUAGCUAUACGACAUAUCAUCAAUCAUAAAUUCACCAUAGAAAUUGGCCCUUCCAUUCAAUCAUUGGGGAAACCCAUUCGCAAUCUGAUUCUUACUCUGGUGGGAUUUUAUUGUGUCACCAAUAUACUUCAAAAUACAUUGCAAUCUGUCUUCAACUUGAACCGAAGCCGAAAAGAAGAUUAAGCUGUGUGCAUGUCCUUCAUCUAGAUGGUAUCCCAUAUCCCAUAAAUUGUUACUUCAAAGCUCGAAAUCAAAGUUCAAACCGCAAAUUCCGCAAAGUUCUCCCGUGAGAAAGUGGCCUGGGGGUACCGGAACGGAGUACCAAUUGAUCAAUUAAUCCUGCCAAGUGUCUACUUCACUUCAAUAUUCAACACUGUUAUUAUUCGGAAGGUUACAUACAGUAAGGAUUUAACCCCUUUUCAACAUACCCAUUCAUUCAUUGUCUGUCUGUCCUCUUCAUGAUCAUUUGAAUCUUCCUCCUGGAAAUUGAGGAAAUUUUCUUCAAGGACGCUGGCAGUUCUUAUUCUUAUUCUGGGUGGUUUUGUUGAAGAAUUAAGGAAAGUUCUCGAGUAUAAACACAAUGUAUUUCUUCAAAGCAUCCCUUACUUCAGUCGCCGCAUUCGUUGCAUAUACCCAAGCUACAUAUCUUAAUAACGAUCUAAGUUUCGGUCAUGAUGGAAAGAUCUCUCCAAAUGGUCGCGCCAUUCCCAAUUUUCACAUGAUAGGACAGCCAAACUAUCCGGAUAUCCUCAGCAAUCGCAUCGUUCUUACACCACCUGCACCAGGAAAUCAAAGAGGCGCUGUAUGGACGGAAAAGAAGUUACAACAUUCACAAUGGGCAGCAGAUAUCGAAUUUCGUGCUACUGGUCCGGAGAGGGCAGGUGGUAAUCUGAAUAUCUGGUAUGCUAAGAAUGAGGAUAUCAAAGUAUCAAGCAUAUACACGGUUGGAAAGUUUGAUGGAUUAGCGUUGGUUGUUGACCAAUAUGCUGGAUCUGGUGGUUAUAUUCGUGGAUUCCUUAACGACGGCACAACCGAAUACUCUUCUCAUCAUUCUGUCGACUCCCUCGCAUUUGGCCAUUGCCCCUAUUCCUACCGAAACCGAGGCAUUCCAUCCAAAAUUCAUAUCCAGCAAAGUGCUGAUAACUUCAAAGUCGAGGUUGACGGCGCCUUGUGCUUCCAAUCCGACAAGAUCAAGCUCCCCUUAGGUUAUGUCUUUGGAGUUACUGCCGCUUCUGCAGAAAAUCCAGAUUCUUUUGAAAUCUUCAAAUUUGUUGUUACAACCGAAUCCCAUACUCCUGAUGAUCAAAUUCAAAAUCCAGGAAAUCAAAAUCAGCAACCAUUCCAAGCUGCUAACAAUCCACCUCAACAACAACAAAACCAAUAUGGCCAACAACAAAAUCAAGCAGGACUCACCAUGGAUACACCUGGUGAAACUCCCGCGUCAGACUAUAAAUCCUCCGAUGCGCAAUUCGCAGAUCUCCACAAUCGUCUUCAAGCAAUGAUGAAACAUAUCACAGCUCUCAACCGCGAUUUCUCUCAAUACCAAGCCAAUUCUAUUUCUCGUCUUGAAGCUCUCAAUGGAAAUAUCAAUACGCUCUCCUCCACAAUCUCUAGACUUGAAUCUUCCCUCUCAAAACUCGAUUCGGUUUCUGGCCUGGAAAGAAAUCUAAGAGACGUAGCAAGUGAUGUUAAGAGCACAAAGAAAGAACUACAUGAAGCAUUAGAUGCGCAUGUAUUGAGUUUGAAACAAAGAGUGGCGGAAAGUCAUGGUAGUGUACUUGGAACGGUAGGCGAAGGAUUGAAAAACCAUAGAUCCGGGAUUGGGUAUGCGGGAUUGGCAUUCGUGGUGGUUGGUAGUCAAGUCGGAUUAAUUGUCGCUUAUGUGUUGUAUAAGAAGAGGAAGAACGGGGGACAUAAGAAAUACUUGUGAGGUGUGAGAUGAUGGGUGAUGAAUGAUGGAUGAUGGAAGAGGAGGGCUAGGGAAUUGUAUAAUAUAGUAUAGGAAUGAAUGUUUCUGAGUCAGAAAUGCGGAUCAACUCGAAACUCGAACCUGGAAAGAGAAUGGAGAUUAGAGUAUGUAGUAAAGGGAUUGAGUAGAGUAAAAAGAACGGAAGAAUAUCAUGUUAUAGUAUUCAUACAAUAUACACGAUUACACUCGAG